AAUCUGUUGGCGAAUCGGAAGAAGUUGCACACUUUAAAGCUCCAGUUAUUCAGGACAACGUUACAGGAUGGGGUCCUUGCGAUAUGCCAGAUCAAUUCAAGGAUAUGCCAUAUCAACCAUUUUCAAAAGCCGAUAGGCUGGGGAAAAUUUCUGAUUGGACUGGUGUGGCAUUCCAGGACAAAAAAUACACAAACAAGUAUAUGUCCCAGCAUGGCAGCUCUAGCCAGUACGCAUACUAUCAUGAAGAAGAUGAAAGCACAUUCCACCUGGUGGAUACAACUCGCAUCCAGAAGCCACCUUAUCAGCGAGGCCGUUUCCGGCAGAACCAGCGCAACAUGCGCGGCCGUGGUGGACAACGUGGCGGUUAUAAUGAUCGGAAGGGCCAAGUGGGAACUCGCAACAAAUGGAAUAAGCAGAUGGGAAUGCGCAAUCAGAAGAACCAACCACCCAUCAAGAAUAGAGACGCUUCAGUGACUGUCCGACCCGACUGGGUCACUAUUGAGGAGAUGGACUUUCCUCGACUUGCCAAGCUUUCUCUGCCAAAUGUCAAGGACGGAGAAGACAUUGUCUGCUGCGGUUCACUGGAGUACUAUGACAAGGCUUAUGAUAGAGUUAAUGUGAAGAGUGAGAAGCCAUUACAGCGUAUAGACCGCAUCUUCCACACUGUUACCACCACUGAUGAUCCAAUCAUCCGAAAGCUGUCAAAGACAGUGGGUAAUGUGUAUGCAACUGACGCUAUCUUAGCAACACUUAUGUGCUGCACACGAUCCAACUAUUCCUGGGACAUAGUCAUUGAGAAGAUCGGAGACAAGUUAUUCUUCGACAAGAGAGAUAAUACAGAGUUUGACUUGUUGACUGUAAAUGAAACGUCGGUGGAACCGCCCCAGGAUGACUCUAAUAGCCUUAAUUCUCCACGUAACCUGGCAUUAGAGGCUACCUUUAUUAACCACAACUUCUCCCAGCAAGUACUCAAAACUGGAGAACCACGCUACAAGUUUGAUGAUCCCAACCCAUUUAUCUCAGAGGAGGAGGAGGGAGAGGUGGCGUCUGUUGCAUAUCGCUACCGGAAGUGGGACUUAGACAAUGGUGUGGUGCUAGUAUCCCGAUGUGAACAUGAUGCAGUGCUGCCAACUCCCGGCGGGGAACUCCAGUUCCUCACCAUCAAGGCUCUUAAUGAGUGGGACUCUAAG